GGUCGUGACGACGAAAAGUCGGUUCGUCGGCGGCAGUUCCUGAAAAUCAUCUCUCGGCGGUCGUGUUCGCUAAUCAAUUCGUCAACCUUUCGUGUAAGCGUCUUCCUAUCUGCCACCCCGAUUGUGGACGGUUCGCAUUAGAUAACCCAGGGCAGCGCGGUAUCGAUUGGCACGAAAAGAUGCUCCGAACGGUGGCGGUCUGCUCGUUGCGGCGCAGUUUAAAGUGGAAUUUUGCCGCAACCGGAACCCGCGGGCUGAUCAGAAUGUUGCACAGUAAUCCGCUCGCCCAGAGCCAGGCGUUCGUGAACGGACGGUGGGUUGGAGCCCGUUCCGGUGUUACGUUCGAUGUGCAAAAUCCGGCCAACGGUCAGGUGCUGGGCGCCGUACCGGAUAUGGCACGUGACGAUGUCCAGCAAGCGAUCGAUGCGGCGUACGAUGCGUUCUACGAAACCGGGUGGCAUAACAGCACCGCAAAGGAACGGGCGGCCCUGCUGAAGAAUUGGUACGCGCUGAUGGAGAAACACCGUCAGGAGAUUGCGAGCAUCAUGACGGCGGAAUCAGGCAAACCGAUGGCGGAGUCGCUCGGGGAAACGGCGUACGGCAACUCGUUCGUCGAGUGGUUCGCGGAGGAGGCGCGCCGCAUCUAUGGCGAGAUUGUGCCGUCACCCGUCGCCAACCGGCAGGUCAUGCUGACGCGCCAUCCGGUCGGUGUGGCGGGCCUCAUCACACCGUGGAACUUUCCGCACGCAAUGAUUACGCGAAAGGCGGCCGCUGCACUGGCGGCCGGCUGUACGGUGGUCAUCAAACCGGCCGAAGACACACCGCUGACGGCGCUGGCUUUGGCCCGGCUGGCCGAGGAAGCCGGCUUCCCGAAGGGCGUCAUCAACGUGAUCACCAGCAGCCGAACGCAUGCGGCCGAAAUCGGGCAGCUGCUGUGUGGAAGCGACAAGGUGGCGGCCAUUUCGUUCACCGGGUCGACGGAGGUCGGCAAACUCCUCUACCGGCAGUGUGCCGAGGGCGUCAAGCGGAUCGGUCUCGAGCUGGGCGGCAACGCGCCGUUCAUCGUGUUCGAAUCGGCCGACAUGGAGAAAGCGCUAACCGGAGCGAUGAACUCCAAGUUCCGCAACUGUGGCCAGACGUGCAUUUCCGCCAACCGGUUCCUGGUGCAGGACACCGUGCACGACGAGUUCGUGGAGAAGCUGAUCGGCCGCAUCGGCAAGCUGCGGAUCGGCGACGGAAGUCACGAUGGGGUGCAGAUUGGUCCGCUCAUCAACCAGGCACAGCUGGGCAAAGUGGAACGCUUUGUGUGCGAAGCGAAAGAAAAGGGAGCCACGGUACGGUGCGGUGGCCGCCGGCUACCGGAACACGGGCCACUGUACUACGAACCGACCGUCGUGACGGAUCUGCGCGACGAUAUGCUCCUCUACAAUGAGGAAGUUUUCGGACCGGUCGUGUCGGUGGUUCGUUUCAAAACGGAACCCGAAGCGCUGGCCAUCGCCAACGGUACUCGCCGCGGUUUGGCCGGAUACUUCUUCUCGCAGGACCUGAACCAGGUGUUUCGGGUGGCGCGCGAACUCGAAACGGGCAUGAUUGGCAUCAACGAGGGCCUGAUUUCGGCCACCGAAGCGGCGUUCGGUGGCAUCAAGGAGUCGGGCGUUGGACGCGAAGGUUCGCGCCACGGAAUCGACGAAUACGUUUACAUUAAGUAUCUCUGCUAUGGCGGUCUGCAGUAAAAGCCGCUCGCCGCUAGUCACCGCGACGCGCUGAACUUGGCCUAGGCCGGGCCUAAAUCCAUCUCACGUCUUCCAUUCGCUCGGACCGCCGUUCGAUAGUACCGUUAAGCAGUGAAUGUUCAUGUUGCUCAUCAUAAAUAAAG